AUGAGAGAUUAUUUCCUCCAGUAUGUCAACAUCACCCUCCUCCCACCGCGUCGCAAAAGCCUUCUCGCCCUUCCAGACCGUCCUCUCGUCCUUCAUCUCGGCCAGCCGCUGAGGGUCUGCGCCGACGCCAAUGAGACCCCCGACAGCUGCAAAAAACAUCUUGUCAGCCUCGACGCAGGGAAUAUCCCAAUCGUCCUUCCCGGCCCUCGCCUUGACGGCGCGCACCAUCUCAGUGAUGCGGGCAGCAGAGUCCCACUUGUCCACGACGAACUUCCCAAGGAAGAAUCGGUUCAACGGGGGGCACACCGCAGCCAGCGGGCGCAUGACGGCAAUCACACCGCCAAUGCGGUAGCCCGAAAGCAUGUCGGGCAGGGAGCUGAAGCUGGCGACGAGUACGAUGGCGGCAAAAUCGACCCCUCUAGUGGCAUACCGCUCCGCCACGGCCGACGUGACGGCGGUGCCCAAGCUGUGGCCAAAGAGGACGACGCGCGAGGACGGGAUUCCAAUGGUAUCCAGCACGUAGUCGACGAUGGCCAUGCCGUCGACUAG